AAUAUUUGUUUAAUUUGUAUGAAAACGCUAAUCAUCAUAAUUUCUCACCUCAGGUCACUAGAGUUACAAAGAAAAAAACCGCCUAUUUAAUUACAAAUUCAAAUGAUCACCAGACAUUUAAAAGCAAACCCCGAUUUGUGCCAGUUUUCGAGACACAGUAAAAAAUUCUUUCAAACUCCUUCCACCGAUUGUCACCUAAUUAAAACAUUCUGUUUGAAAUUCCGCACAGACACCUUAUCAAAAACCCGCCAAUUAUCAUACAAAAACGACCACUUUUAGUAACAAAAACGCAUAAUUAUGGAGGUAAAAACCGAGUCUCCGGGAGACCCAAACGACCGCAACGGCAACGUCCACAAAAACACUGACCUAACUCUACCACACGAUUUUAUUAACAAUUUCGCUUCAAACAACACAACCAGGAAAAAAAUCAAAAAAAUCCUAAUCAAGCGAAUCCCAAUUUUGAGCUGGUUGCCUGAAUAUAAUUGUGAUUGCGCCGUUGGGGAUCUGGUGGCUGGGAUCACAGUGGGAUUAACUGUAAUCCCGCAAGCUUUGGCCUAUUCCAGCGUUGCAGGACUCCCACCCCAGUAUGGGUUAUACACCUCGUUUUUGGGCUGUUUCGUUUAUAUUUUUCUCGGGAGUUGUAAGGACGUGGCCAUGGGCCCUACGGCCAUUUUGGCCCUUUUGGUGCACCAGGUGACCGAAGGCAAAGGGCCAGAGUAUGCAAUUUUGCUGUGUUUGCUCAGUGGGAUUGUGCAACUUUUGAUGGGAGUUCUGGGAUUAGGAUUCUUGAUUGAUUUCAUUUCGGGACCUGUGUCAUCAGGAUUCACCUCAGCUGCUGCCCUUAUCAUUGUUUCGUCACAAAUCAAAGACUUGCUAGGGAUUAGGGCAAGUGGGGCCAAUUUUUUGGACAUUUGGGAAGGUGUUGUUAAAGACAUAGGAAAUACGAAAGUAUGGGAUUGUGUUUUAGGGAUUGCGUGUUUGGUAGUCUUGCUCUUAUUACGGAUUAUAUCAACUGUGGGAACCCCCGAAACCGGCGUUCCAAAAUGGCGGACCGCCCUCCGCCUCAUCGGAAUCUCACGUAACGCCAUCUUGGUCAUUGUUUGCGGCGCUAUUGGUUAUUAUUUCACCACAUUAGGGGAAACCCCAUUCAAGGUGAUUGGUUACGUCCCGGAGGGAUUCCCCGCAAUACAACCACCACGGUUCACGUACACUUACAACAACACACACGAGAAUUUCCUCGACAUGGUCACCAACCUACGAUCGGGGAUCAUAAUCGUGCCUUUGUUGGGCCUCCUUGAAGACAUUGCCGUUUGCAAAGCCUUCGCAAACGGACGACCGGUUGAUGCCACACAAGAACUACUAGCGAUUGGUUUAUGCAAUGUUGCCAACUCAUUCGUUCAGGGAUUCCCCGGAAGUGGGGCUUUGGCGCGCAGUGCCGUUAAUAAUUCAAGUGGGGUUAAAACAACACUAGGGGGGCUAUACACGGGCGUUAUAGUCAUAACAGCCCUAUUUUUCUUCACUCCUUAUUUUCAAUACAUUCCAAAAGCGACACUAGCCGCCAUUAUUAUCGCCGCCGCCAUUUUCAUGGUCGAAAUUAGGGUCAUUCAACCCAUGUGGAGGGCCAAAAAAAGCGACCUAGCCCUAGCCCUUAUCACUUUCGUCACCUGUCUGGUGACAAGACUAGAAUAUGGCAUUUCAACAGGGGUUGUACUUAACAUAAUUUUCAUUUUGUAUCAAGCGGCAAGGCCAAAAAUUACAAUCGAAACCAUGAAAAGCACGCAAGGAGCAGAUUAUUUGCUUGUGACGCCUGACCGAUGCUUGAUUUUUCCCUCAGCUGAUUAUGUCCGAAAUUUGGUGAUUAAGCAAUCGAUGAGGCAAAAAAUUCCGGUUGUUAUCGACUGUUCACACAUUUAUGGUGCUGAUUAUACGGCAGCUACAGUCAUUGAGAGUUUAACCAAAGAUUUCAAAACGCGACAACAACCGCUGUUUUUUUACAAUCUCAAGUCAAGUGUGAGCUCGGUUUUUGUCGGCCUAAACCUGGACUAUUUUCUAGUCUAUUACAACGAAGAUGAGUUGGAUGAUAUGCUCAAGAAGUGGACCGAAAUCUGUGAUAAAAUCUAGGUGUAAAAGCAACACGUCUGUGUUUUAUAGUACUUUUAUUUAAUUCUGUAUAAUGAAUAAAUUAUGGAAAAUAAACCGUU